AUGUUGGAAACGCAGCAAGAUACCCAACCGGAACGUGAUAUUAAUGAUAUAUUUGAUGACAUUAUCCUAACCGAAGAACGUUUAGUGGAGAAAAGCUAUAAAGAAGGUUUUGCUGAAGGUUGCCAACAGGGAAACGCUGAUGGUUACCGUUUGGGUUUCGCUCAGGGUUUACAACUGGGAGAAGAAUUGGCCGAGAUUUUUGGUUUAAUUACCGCCUUACAGCAGCAAAACAAACAUACUGAUAAAGUGAAACGUUGUAUGGAACAGUUGAAAAGUUUAAUUGAAGAAUUUCCUAGAGAAAACGAUCCUGAGGCAGAUAUAGUUGGUGCCCUGGAACAGAUAAGAAAUUUAAAUAAAAGAUUGCGUGUUUCAUUGGGACUGAAGAACACAACUACGGAUUCACCUAUAAAGGAAGAAGAAAGGAAAGAUUUAUCAUUUUAA